UUUAAAAAUAUGUGGAGUCAAUUAACUCAUUACAAGUUGAAGGUCAAGUGAAUAUUGUGAAAACUGAUAAACAUUCUUAGUUUGACUGGAAAUGUGUUAAAACAAGAAUUAAGAUAUCAAAAGUGGCUGGACAUUGAGAAAAUUGGUAUAUCCUUCCUUCCUAAUAUGGGCGACCAGACAACGCAAGAUAGAUCAUGGAAGGAUAAAGGUAUAGACAUGCUUGAAAAAAAUAGAGGCUUGGUCGUCCUAUUUUUCUGUUUGCCAGCCAGCUUUAUUUUCGAUCUGCUGCUUAAUCUACGUAAGCAGAUAUACCGCUAUCUGUUCAGUGGUGACCAAGACCACGACCAACGUGUAAGAAGAGUACAACAACAGGUGCAGCAAUGGAACAAACUACCCAAGCAAGAUAGAAAAUUACUAUGUACCUCGAGACCAAACUGGCAGAGCUUAUCGCUAACUUUCUUCAGGAAGGACCUGUGUCAUCAAGUCAACGUAGAUCUUUACGAUGUAUUAGAAUUAGACGAGAAAAAUUUGACGGUUAAGGUGGAACCGAUGAUGAGUGUAGGCGAGAUUACUAAAUAUCUCGUACCAAAAGGGUACACCCUAGCUGUAACUUUGGAAAUAGCAGAUGCAACUGUUGGUGGACUUGCCAUGGGCACAGGAAUGACAACCCACUCUCACAAAGUUGGUUUAUACCAUGAAAAUAUCGUCUCUUAUGAUGUAGUGUUAGGAGAUGGUAGUCUAGUAACAGCUUCUAGUGAAGAACAUGAAGAUCUGUAUAAAUGCCUUCCUUGGUCACACGGAAGCUUAGGGUUCCUAGUAGCUCUUACUCUUAAGAUUGUUAAAAUCAAACCCUAUAUAAAAAUGAGUUACAUUCCCGUAAAGGGAGAGGAUAAUUACUGUGAUAUGAUUAGACUGGUAUCUGGUGAUAACGGAGCUGAUUACCCCGUUGCAGAUUAUGUAGAAGCUACUAUAUUUAGUCGCAAUGAAGCUGUUAUAAUGACAGGAGAUUACUCCGAUUAUGACCCCAAUUUGCCAAUUAAUACAGUUACGAGUUGGUACAAACCAUGGUUUUACAAAUACGUAGAGUCUUUUCUCAAAAAAGGAAAGCACACCGAACUGAUCCCUCUUAGAGAGUAUUUGUUACGUCACAACAGAGCAAUAUUUUGGGUGGUAGAAUCUAUGAUACCUUUCGGAAAUAAUCCUCUGUUCAGGUUGUUAUUUGGUUGGCUUUUGCCGCCUAAACCAGCUUUCUUGAAAUUUACAACGACACCGGGGAUAAGAAAUUUCACGUUUAUGAAGCAAGUAUUCCAAGAUAUUGUUCUACCCAUUAGAAAAUUAGAGGAUCAGAUAGCCAUUUCUGAAAAACUGUUCGAUACUUACCCGCUUUUAGUAUAUCCAUGCAAGGUAUACGAUCACGGUCCAAAAUCUGGCCAACUGAAACAACCUAGGAAGCAAGAUCUUGUAGAAGGAACAGAUUACGCAAUAUACAAUGAUCUCGGUAUCUACGGUGUUCCUGGUUUUGUAAAACGUAAAGAAAAAUACAAUCCCGUGAAAACCAUGAGAGAAAUGGAAAAAUUCACGCGAGACGUUGGAGGAUUUUCUUUCCUCUACGCCGACAUUUUUAUGAAUAGAGAAGAGUUUGAAGAAAUGUUUGAUUUAAGUUUGUACGAAGUGGUUAGAAAGAAAUAUCAUGCUGAAGACGCUUUUCCGCAUUUGUAUGAUAAAGUGAAGCCUGAGAUUGAUGUUUUUGAAAUAGGUAGGCAGUGCGAACUGAAUUAGUUUUUAUUAUACAGCGUAGCGAGAAAGUAUGUAAACACGGUAAUUUCUCGGAAACAGCUAGAACGAUAAGUGUUUAAGGAUAUUCUAAUGCGACCGAUAUUAUAGUGGUAAUUACAUUGUUGUCAAAUUUUCUGUUUUUCUGGAAACCUAAUGAACUUUCUUAUUUUAAAUGGAACACCCUUUAUAUUUUUUACGCUUUGAAGUACUUAAGAAAUACUGAUUAUUUUUCAUAUUAUAUUCCCUAUACCUAAAUUCCAUAAUUUCGGAGUUAUUGCUAGAUUUAUUAAAAAAAAAAUAAACAAAUUAUAAAAAUAAAUUUUUUCCGCCCGGUAGAUAUUAUUUUAGUUUCUUUGGAUCAGUAGGAACAAAACAGGUCUGUUGUAAUUUUGCUCUAAAGUUAAUCAUUUCCGAGUUAUAAACAAUUUAAAACUAAAAAAAUCGAAGAAAUGACGAUUUUCAAGGUUCAAAAACACAAGUAAAAAAAUAAUUUUUAGAAUAACGAAGUACCUAAAUUCAAGCUCAAACCUUCUAUCAGCUCUCUAUAACAAUGUUUGGCAUGUUUUAAUUUAAAACAUUGUUUUUUUUAUUGUUAAUGAAUCGCAUGUGAGAGGACGGGCAUUACAAACUAAAACACAAUGUUUUAAAAGGAAAUAAGACAAAUCAUUUACCGGUAGCUGAUACAAUAAGCUUUGAACUUGAAUUUAGGUACUUCCGUAGUUUCAAAAAUAAUAUUUUUUACUUGUGUUUUUGAACCUAGAAAAUCGUCACUUUUUGAUUUUUUUCAGUUUUAAAUUGUUUAUAACUCGGAAAUUAUUAACUUUAGAGGAAAAUUACAACAGACCAUUUUUAUUCCUGCUGAUCCAAAGAACCUAAAAUAAUAUCUAUGUGGGCCGAAAAAAUUGAUUUUUAUAAUUUGUAUAAUUUUUUUUUAAUAAAUGUAGCAAUAUCUCCGAAAUUAUGGCAUUUAGGUAUAGGGAAUAUAACAUGAAAAAUAAUCAGUAUUUCUUAAAGACUUUAAAGCGUAAAAAAUAUACAGGGUGUUUCAUUUAAAAUAAGGAAGUUCAUUCGAUUUCCAGACAAACGGAAAAUUUGACAACAAUGUAAUUACCACUGUGAUAUCGGCCGCAAUAGAAUACCCUUAACCACCAAAAACUAUAAAAAUCGUUCCAGCGGUUUCCGAGAAAUUACCGUGUUUCCAUACUUUCUCGCUAUCCUGUAUGUGAAUUUUCAGCUAUGAACACAUUUUCAAGUACAAAUUAAAGUUCACGUUGUACACACGUUUGGUAAUUUAUUGUUAAUGUUGUUAUUAGCAUAUUUAUCAACAAUUAGUAGUCUUCAUUUGUUUACUGGAUUACGCAAGUUGGUGUUUAUUAUACAACUCAUUAUUUUUGUACUGUAAUAUAUUUUAUUAAAAUAAAUGUUUUCCUUAAAAUUA